AUGGCCCGGGGACAACAGAAAGCGCAGUCGCAGGCAAAGGCCGCAGAAAAACAAGCCAAGAUGAAGAAGCAACAGGGUCAUAGCGCUAAUGAACAAAAGAAGGCUGCUCAAAAGGCGUUAAUUCACGUGUGCACUGUUUGUAAAGCACAGAUGCCAGAUCCUAAAACCUAUAAACAACACUUCGAAAACAAACACCCUAAAAAUGAUAUGCCUGAAGAACUGAAAGUUGUUUCAUGA